CGCGGGCCGUCACGUGACCGGGGCGCGCUGCAGCCGCCCGGGGCGCACCCGGCGAGAGGCAGCGGUGGUGAUGGACGGGUCCGGGGAGCAGCUCGGAGGCGGCGGGCCCACCAGCUCUGAGCAGAUCAUGAAGACAGGCGCCUUUUUGCUACAGGGUUUCAUCCAGGACCGAGCCGGGAGGAUGGCAGGGGAGACACCUGAGCUGACCUUGGAGCAGCCACCCCAGGAUCCAUCCACCAAGAAGCUGAGCGAGUGUCUCAGGCGGAUUGGAGAUGAACUGGACAGCAACAUGGAGCUGCAGAGGAUGAUUGCUGACGUGGAUACGGACUCCCCCCGAGAGGUCUUCUUCCGUGUGGCAGCCGAGAUGUUUGCCGACGGCAACUUCAACUGGGGCCGGGUGGUGGCCCUUUUCUACUUCGCUAGCAAACUGGUGCUCAAGGCUCUGUGCACCAAAGUGCCGGAACUAAUCAGAACCAUCAUGGGCUGGACGCUGGACUUCCUCCGAGAGCGGCUGCUUGUCUGGAUCCAAGACCAGGGUGGCUGGGACGGCCUCCUCUCAUACUUCGGGACGCCCACAUGGCAGACAGUGACCAUCUUUGUGGCUGGAGUCCUCACUGCCUCACUCACCAUCUGGAAGAAGAUGGGCUGAGGCCGCCCGCUGCCUUGGACUGUGUCUUUUCUUCAUAAAUUAUGGCAUUUUGUUUCUGGGAUGAAUGGGGACAGGGGACAGGCAUUUUUCUUACUUUUGUAAUUAUUGGGAGGGGUGGGAAUGGUGGCCC